UGAGUCAGGGCACACAUGCUUCAGCUGUGAGAGGCCCCACUCCCCUUGGCUGGCUGGCAUCCCAGAGCAGAGGCAAAGAGAGACAGAGAGAGGGCUGAGCGUGAGAGAGACCAAGGUUGAAGAGAAAUACAAAGUGCACAGUUAACUCAGAAGAGGCGAACAAGUGAUUAAGAAAGUCGUCAGAAAAAAGGAAAAAAGGUUUAGGCACUGAGAUCUGUGCAGAGUGGGUCCACUAGAUAGGCUUUUGGUGUAGUAUAUUCUGUCUGAGCUUGCUAGCUGUUUGCAUUUUGAGCUGACAGUUAUGGCGGAUACAGUUGUCAAAAAGAAGCAUGAAACUCAUGCAGAAGUGCCUUAUGAUGAUGAAGAGGUAGCUUUGAUGGGUGCUGCAACAGAGCCAGCCAUAGAUGGCGAUGACCCUGCCGAGGAGGUGGAUCUGGUGCUGGCCAGUGGCUCUGGAGAGAAGAGUGAAGCUCAGAUGAACGGAGUCAUGGUUCUGUCUCUGCUAGACAAGAUAAUCGGGGUGGUAGACAAGAUCCAGCAGACCCAGAACGGACUUGAGGCUCGGCAGGAGGCCAUGGAGAAGUCAGUGUCAACCAUCCAAGGGGAACUCGCUAAGUUGUCCAAGAACCACAUUGACACCACCAACACUGUCAACAAAAUGCUGGACAAGGUGCGUAAGGUCAGCGUCAACGUCAAGACGGUACGCAACAACCUGGAGAGGCAGGCGAGCCAGAUCAAGAAGCUGGAGAGCAAUGAGAACGAGUUGCUCAAGAGACGCAACUUCAAAGUCCUCAUCUACCAGGACCAAGUAAAGGCACCAAAGGCAUCCAAAACCAAGACGGCUGAGACAGCUGAAGGUAAAGCAGUGGAAGGCUUGGAGCAAAUACCAGAGGAGGGACAAGAAGGAUUUAGAGAAAAUGUCAAUUCAGAUGAAGAAGUGGAGAUUGAGGAGAUUAUUGAAGAGUCUCGUACAAAGCGGCUGCAACGUACCACCAAACAGCAGGUUGACAACAUAAAGAAAGCCUUCUCCAAAGAGAAAAUGGAGAAGACCAAACUUAAGACCAAGGAAAACUUGGAGAAGACCAAGCAGAGAACCCGUGAGAACCUGGAGAAGACAAGACAGAAAACCCGUGACAACCUGGAGAAAACUAAGCACAACUUGGAGACAAAGAUUGGCAAACUCGGGACCCGCAUGACCCCCAAUCAAGAGCGCCGAGCAAAGCUGAAAAGCUCCAAAGAGAAGGUGAAGAAGUCCCUCACUCCUGAUCACACGGUCUACGCUCGCUCCAAGUCUACUGUAUAUCGAGUUCCCCCCUUUACCUUCCAUGUUAAGAAGAUCAGAGAAGGGGAGGAGGAGGUGGUGCAGAACACAGAGAUGGUGGAAGUGUCCGAGGCAGAGGCUCAGCCAGGGGGAGACAAGAAUGGGCUGGGUGUGCAUGUGGAGGUGGAGGAAGGGGAGCUGGUACAUGUAGACAGCCCAGAGAUGGAGGCUCUGUUAGAAGUGACUGAGGACUCUCAGCUGGUCAAGGUGGAACCAGACCAUCUAAAGAAGGCCCGAAGCGAUUAGAGGCUAUUAGCUGUGAAGGAAUAGAAAUGUGGAUGAAGAAGGAAACAGUCUUGAUUUAUGAGUCUAAUCGGAGGGACAGUAAUGGUCAUGAGAACUUUCUAAAGAUGAUCACAAUCUGACAUCUCAUUUGUUGCCUUUCCUUUUUAUUAUACCAAACAUGAAUGAGUUUCUUAUUUUCUGGUAUUUACCUUACAAAUAAUAAAACUAAACAAAAAACAAGCUAGCUUUUGAAAUAUUCUCCAGGCUGAGUGGUGAUGCUGGACUUGUGUCUAGAAUAUUUGUGGUUUGUUGUUGAUUUGAUUAACUGUAUGUCUCUAAAGAAAAGAAGGUAUAAAUAGUCUGUUAUUAGGAGGUAAUGUUAAGGUUUCCCACGUAUAACAUGCACAUGACUGUGUGGCAAAGACAAGAUUGAUGUGGUAAUGAAUGGUACAAUGUACGUGCAUAUGUAAAAAAAAAAGGAGGCAAGGUUUAGGUCAACAGAAAAUAAAUUAACGGUAUAAAGAAAUUUCUGUUCUUAUUUGUUAAAACAAUGAGGCA